CUCUUUCUUUCUUGUUUUAUAUUCAUCCAUGGACUCCUCCACUUAGCAAACAGCAUGACCAAAUCCAAGAACUUCUUUCGCAGCAUCAUCAAACCCUUCACUUUCACUUCGAAUCAAGAAUCCCAGCAAGAAGAUUUGGGAGCGAUUACUGCUCAAGAUCAGAAGGUUUUCAGUUUUCAAACCCUAGUUUCUGCAACCAGGAAUUUCCAUCCUGAUAAUAAGCUUGGUCAAGGGGGUUUUGGCCCUGUUUUCAAGGGGAAGUUGGAGAACGGGGAGGAGAUUGCUGUGAAGCAGUUGUCACGCACCUCAAAUCAGGGGAAAAAGGAGUUUGUAAACGAGGCAAGAUUAUUGGCACGUGUACAACACCGUAACGUUGUGAGCUUAUUAGGGUAUUGUGUGUCCCCGGAGAAGCUCUUGGUAUACGAAUACGUACCUAAUGAGAGUUUAGACAAGCUUCUUUUCAAAUCCGAGAAUCGUAAUGUUUUGGAUUGGAAGCGUAGAUACGACAUAAUUACCGGCGUCGCACGAGGCUUGCUUUACCUUCAUGAGGACGCACACGAUUGUAUCAUUCAUAGAGAUAUAAAAGCUAGUAACAUUCUAUUAGAUGAAAAAUGGGUACCUAAGAUUGCCGAUUUUGGCAUGGCCAAGCUUUACCCUGAAGAUCAAACUCACAUCAACACUCGUGUAGCGGGUACCAAUGGAUACAUGGCACCCGAGUACGUAAUGCACGGUAAGCUAUCUAUCAAGGCAGACGUAUAUAGCUUUGGUGUGGUGGUUUUGGAGCUCAUCAGCGGUCAAAAAAACUAUACUUUUAACCUCGAUCCCGAGUGCCAAAAUCUUUUGGAUUGGGCAUACAAGAUGUACAAGAAGGGAAAAGGGCUUGAAAUUUUGGAGUCAAUAUUGGCCUCUUCAGCUGACCCUGAUCAAGUUGCUACUUGCAUAAAGCUUGGAUUGUUAUGCACCCAAUUUGACCACCAUUUACGACCCACGAUGAGCCGUGCUGCGCUGAUGCUAACCAGGAAGCCGGGCACUCUCGAAGAACCGACUCGACCAGGGUACCUGGGCUCGAGACAGAGAAGGGCUCACGGGAUCAUGACAUCUUCUACAGACGGAAUGUCGAAUUCUCAAACCAGGUCCCACUCCAACUACUCCACCAGCUCCACCACUACCACCGCGAUGGCCGCCAGUAAUCGGGGUUUAUCUGCUCGUGCAAGUUCUGAUCGUCAUCAUAGGCAUCGUGGAUCGACUUCUAGGAGCGCGGUAUCGGAUCCUUAUGGUAAAAGACCAAUGCAAGAAUAGAUGGUUCAUGUAGGAGAUUUGUUUUGUACAAAAAUUUGUAGCGUAGAUUUCGGGAGAUGGGUGUAAAGUAACAAGGUCUAAUUGUUAUUGGUAUAUAAAUCCGAGGCCUAU